CGCCUAUUAUACCAAAGUUUUAAAAACGUCAAGAUAUCAAAUUUCUAACCUCUAAACUAUAUUUUGUGAUUAGUAAACUAAUUUGCUUUUUUAAAUUGCUCAGUUAUCAAUAAGUUAAAAAUGAAGAAAAAGGUUCUACUCAUGGGCAAAAGCGGUUCGGGUAAAACUAGUAUGAGAUCGAUAAUAUUUGCGAAUUAUAUUGCUCGUGAUACGCGAAGAUUGGGCGCAACAAUCGAUGUUGAGCACUCUCACGUUCGUUUCUUGGGCAACCUAGUUCUUAAUCUGUGGGACUGCGGAGGUCAAGAAGCCUUCAUGGAAAACUACUUCGCUUCGCAGCGCGAUAACAUCUUUAGAAAUGUGGAAGUGUUAAUUUACGUUUUCGAUGUUGAAAGUAGGGAGCUAGAGAAGGACAUGCAUUAUUAUCAGUCGUGUUUAGAGGCGAUCUUACAAAAUUCUCCCGAUGCUAAAAUAUUUUGUCUAAUACACAAGAUGGAUUUGGUAGCCGAGGAUCAACGUGACAUUAUUUUUCGUGAACGCGAAGCCGACUUGAAAAGGUUGUCGAAGCCUCUCGAAUGCACUUGUUUUCGAACUUCGAUUUGGGACGAAACGCUUUAUCGCGCAUGGUCGAGUAUUGUAUACAUGUUAAUACCAAAUGUACAGGCUUUAGAAAGUAGUUUGAGGCAGUUCGCCAAUAUUGUCGAUGCGGAUGAAGUCUUAUUAUUCGAACGUGCCACAUUUUUAGUUAUCUCAUAUUGCCAACGUAAACCUCACAGAGACGUGCAUAGAUUUGAGAAGGUGUCGAAUAUUAUUAAGCAAUUUAAAUUAUCCUGCUCGAAGUUAGCAGCCCAAUUUCAAAGUAUGGAAGUUAGAAAUUCGGCAUUCGCCGCUUAUAUAGAUAUGUUUACAAGUAACACCUAUGUAAUGGUUUGCAUGUCCGAUCCGCAAAUACCCUCGGAGGUUACCCUUAUCAAUAUUAGAAAUGCUAGAAAGCAUUUUGAAAAGCUGGAGAAAGUUUCUAGUUCGGGGCCUACGACAGCUCAUCGCUGAAGUCUAUUCUAAAUAGUCUAGCUAGAUCAUAGAUUUUGUAAUUAAAUGAAUAUAUAUUCGUAUCAUAAUGGAUGGAUUUCUGUUUUAAGGCCAUAUACUGAAUUUGUGCAGUUCCAAAUAGGGAUACACCAAAAAUAAUCGAUUUCUGUUUUUUUUUAUAAAACAAAUUUUUCAAAAUACGUACUGCUUGGAUUUGCAUUGUUACAAUAAGUUGAUUGGUGAGAACAAUAAUUCAGUAAAAGAAAUCCGAUAUCCAUAUUUUGUUUUACAUAAUUAUUUCACCCACCAAUUAACAAAUUUCCUGUUGGGGCAGUAAAAAAUAAUUAAAACGGUUUAUUGUAGACCUACCUAAAGGUCUGUCUAAUGUAUAUUAUGUUAUCUAUUGCUAAAAUUAAACAAAUAUAAUUUUGUAUGAUGAA